AUGUCGACGAGCAAAACAGAGGACCAGCCCGCGCAGGAGGCAAUCGAGGCAACGAACGAUGUCAACGCCCUCAUGCAGGGCACGCUUUUCAAAAAGGGCGACACAGUGCACAUGUCCGUUGUAGAAAACGGGGUACGCGACAUGGGCAUCUUCAAGAUCCACAAAGGAAGAUACAGCGAGAGCAAAGCCACUGCAGUUUUUCAGCUCUGGGACGAGGAGAAGAAGGCAGUACACAACAAGGGCAAGUGGUACCGCGAUGGGGUGUUGAAGAUGGAGCGACCCGCCUGA